GCGGCGCUCAAGCGUCCACCACUCCAUUCGACGAUGUGGCGCGCCUUCCCUCGCCAUGUAGUUAUGCACAGCUUCCAGCGACCCAACGCAAUAGUUCCCCCUACGAGUUUCCGUGUGGUACAUGCCCGCUUCAGCACAGAGACCUCCAAAACGGUCAAGAAAUCCAAAGUGCCUCAGCGGUCGGACCCGCACCUCCGUGUACGCCUCGUGCCCAUGUUUGACGAUAACUACGGCUACCUUGUUAUUGACGAAGCGAACCAGCACGUGCUGGCCGUGGACCCUGCGCAGCCCAGCGCAAUCUUCCCAGUGCUCGACGAAGAGCUGGGCAAGCCAGGUCGAGAAUUUGUUGGCAUCCUCACGACCCAUGGGCAUGAGGAUCACACAGGUGGCAACGACGCGCUGGUCGACAAGUACCCCGACCUUCAAGUUGGUGGACCACACAACGAAGUCAUUCCUCGAUUGAACAAGCCACUCAAGGGUGGCGAGGAAUUCAAGGUCGGUGCCAUGACCGUCGAGGUGUUGGCCGUGCCGUGCCAUACGAAAGGCCAUUUGGCGUAUUUGAUAUCUGGCGACCCGUCGACGCCCCCCCUGCUUUUUCCUGGGGACACGCUGUUUGUCGGUGGAUGUGGGCGAUUCUUCGAAGGCACAGCGGAAGAUAUGUACCAUGCUCUGUACGAGGUCUUUCUUCGUCUGCCCAAGGAGACGAAAGUGUAUUGCGGUCACGAGUACACGCUGGCCAACUUGCGUUUCGCCCUGAGCGUCGACCCGACGAAUGCAGCGGUGCGGGAAAAAAUCAAUUGGGCCAAGCUCCGCCGGUCCAAGAAUUUACCAACGAUUCCGUCGACAUUGCGUGAGGAAAUGUCGUACAACCCGUUCCUUCGCGUCCACGACGACGUGAUCAUCAACGCGGUCGGGGGCACAGACCCCAUCGCGGUCCUGGCCAACCUCCGGCGCAAGAAAGACUGCUUCAUCUAACGAUGACAGUACUCUAAUCCAUGGCACCUUGACCUCGACGGCAUGAUUUCGUCGAGUUUCCAAACUUGAGCGACUGCUGCCUUGACAACUGUUACUCUGUACUCCAAGCGUGUGAGGCACACAAUGCAAUCGAAGUUUUGGCAAUGCAUUCGCGUGCGUUUUCGUCGGAGCUCUCCGUAGGACCUACGGAGUCGAUUCGGCGUGCUGGUAUAUCGCUGACGGGGGUGGGGCUGACGAUGUUGCAGUUGGAAUGAGAACUAGAGAUCAGGUUGAAUCAUCGACAGCGGCCGCCGCAUCAGGUUGGACAAGAUGGCGGCGCUGUUCACGAUCGUGGCGGUUUGCAAGCCAGGAUAGCCAUGUCUUGUGCAUGAAGGAAAAACACGCGACAAAGAGGAUCUUCGAGUGCUGGGGGACGACCCAAAAGUUCACCACUUGAACAGGCGUCCAGAAUAGCACCGACCCAAAGGACGCGGUGAACCACUCCCGACGCAGCUGAACCGUUGUUUCGGCGACGCUCUUGCCCUUGACACCGUUCGUGAUGUAGUAGAAUGCAGGAAUAAGUGCCAGCGGCGUGUGGAUGUAGCAGUCGACGAAGGUCUGAAUCGCCACCGUGCGCGCUGUCGGCGUGGUGCCCAUCACUUUGUCGAAGUGCAGGUACAAGCUCUUGCACGGUCCUCCAUAGUACACUAGACCGAACGUUGCCUGGGCAGAGAACGAUCACUAGGUGAUAUGGUUCGAUGUGGUCGUACCAGGCCCGCAGUUCGGGACCAGUCGUACCCCGUGGACUCUUCUGGCGGCUGCAGAAAGAUCUGACAUGUAAUGUCAGCUGAAGUUAAGACCGUUGUUGCCGUGACUCCUGCCACCAACCGAGGGUACUUGUUGCUCAGCGCCUUGUACCAUGCUCGCAUCUCUCAAUGUGGAACGCGCCGCUUCGAAAGAUCCAC